UCUCCACUACAUAGACAUCCAUCCCACUUGGCCACGUUCCCCCUGAAUCCUGUCCCCUCUCAACUACUACGGUCACCAUCUUCUUCCAUCCUAUGCUCCCUCACUCACAUCUUCAAUCUCUCCCUCUCUAAUGGUGUCUUCUCCUCCCCUCUAAAGCAUGCACAGAUCACUCCCAUACUUAAAAAGCCCUCCCAAUGGCCACUACUCCGUACUCAUCCCAACCAAUGGCCACUACUCCGUACUCAUCCCAACCAAUGGCAACUACUCCGUACUGAUCCCAACCAAUGACCACUACUCCGUACUCAUCCCAACCAAUGACCACUACUCCGUACUCAUCCCAACCAAUGGCCACUACUCCGUACUCAUCCCAACCAAUGGCCACUACUCCGUACUCUUACUACUUGACCUCUCUGCGGCUUUUUAGUAUUUGCCUAUUUAUCAUAACAAAAAUACAUAUAAAUAAAUAGUGCCCCAUCAUUGGUAUC